UGUGAUUGUCAAUCGUGAGUUGAGCGUCAUUAUCGAUUAGAUUCUUGAUUAUUCCGGAUUGAGUCGAAUGAUGAAUCGAAUCGAACGAUGAGCCGCCACGGCGCCACCACAACCAACGAUUCAGACACAACAACAUCCAACAUCCUACUACCCGAGAGCAACAGCCCACUCUCCACUCCUCUACACUUUAAAAACCUCCAACUGGACUGCUGUAUGGAACAAACGAAGGGGUGAGAAGAAGAGCUGGUUCACCUCAGGGAAGAAAACUUGACGUCCCUUGGUCCUACCGUAUCUGAACUUGAAGCGUUUUUUCUCUUUCGCUGCAAUAACGAAGGAAUUUCCACAUCCAUGAACACUUGCAAACCAGAAGACAUCCUUUUAACCCCUGAAGAACGUUAUGAUGUUUACUUCGUCAAAUCCAGUGAACGACCUCAUUUGUUGGAGACUUUUGAUAAUAAUGAUGCUACCUCUGAAAUCAACCACAAGGAACUACCGCUGAUGGAUGGCUGUGACAUUCCGAGAUGGCGGGCGGAACAACUGGUCCCUUGCUCUCCGUAUUGGGAAUCAGCAUUGAAUGUUGGAUUUGGUUGUUCUCUGCUGCGACGAGAACGGCAGUUGCCACUUCGACCAUCCAAAUGCUUCCAAACAAGUACGAGGUCACCGUGGGAAGCCUUGCAACAAUAUCUAUUACAACAACCCACAUCCCCUUGCGUAGAGCGCAUUUCCUGUGCUCAAGCCAGUCAACCAUUGGCUAAUAAUAAUAAUAGCAAUGCCAUGAAGGAAAGCAGCAUUCCCCAGCGCAAAUAUUUUUCAAAGUGGGAAGAGCAAAACUAUCCUGUCAUUGUGGAGGGUGCCACCGAAGGGUGGAAUUUGGAAACAUGGAAGUUUGACAAUCUAGUACAACGGUUUGCCAAUGUGAGGUGGAGAUUCAGUGACACACACGGCGCCAUGAUGUCACUGGCAACCUAUGCCAAGUAUGUCGCCAGUGAAGGGUUGACCGAUGAUUCACCGUUGGCCGUGUACGAUUCCGAGUUUGGAGAAGAGAAUUCACCCAUGCACGAGCUAUUGGCCGAUUAUACGGUUCCUCCGUGCUUUAGUGAUGACUUGUUUGGCUUGGCAGUGGAGGAUGAUGAUGAUGAGGACGACGAUGAUGAUAAUCAUGCAAACUCUCGUCCACCAUGGAGAUGGAUCCUGGCCGGUCCGCCACGCAGUGGGACAGGGUUGCAUAUUGAUCCUCUUUGGACCAAUGCCUGGGUGACGCUGUUGCAGGGACUGAAGCGUUGGAUAUUGAUUCCUCCCCACGUGGAGCUCCCCGAAGGUGCUGGAUUGCGAGAACCGCAAGUUCCCUCAGUGAUUUGGUUUCGUGACUAUUAUGACAAGGUCAAGCAGCUGGAAGGGGUGGUAGAGAUUCUGCAAAAACCCGGAGAAACAGUGUUUGUCCCCAAUGGUUGGCCACAUCUCGUGCUGAAUUUGGAACAAACGGUGGCCGUCACACACAACUACGCGUCUGAAUUUGGACCCUUUGAACGCAUGUGGGAUGAGACGGUACAAAAUGAACCAGAGUUUGCACAUCGUUGGUACAAAGGCCUUUGUCGGCAUCGGCCAGAUCUUGCCAGUCGAAUCCAAAGGAACAACAAUAGCAGUGAGGCCUGACUGGCAGAUUCUUGCCCUUGGCUGGAUGCGGAUGCUCGACGUGAUAGGUUAGGAAACUGUUGCCAAGCCUGUGGAGUAAUCAAUCCAGGCACCCGUGUACCAUGACUGGAUGCUGCUCCGUUUGUGUGCUACCGGUACCGUCAGUCCGGGAAUGGGGUGCCGUGCCGCAAUCGAUCUUUAGUUUCAACAACCUACUCAUAUGCUGCUACAAUGGAAGGGUGCGGAGAGAACGCAAAGGUCAGGUGAUCAGCUCUUGUCUGGGUAUGUUAGCUACUUUAACGGUAGGCACGUCGAAGCUCCUCUCGCAAAACCAAAUGGUACUUCAACCCCCUUUUCACAGCGGUACCAAAAGACAAUAAAAGUAUUCGUCAACAAAAGAGCAUGCUACUUCUUUUAUUCUGUGUGC